ACGGUGUUGUACAUAAAUCCAACACAAAAAGUGAAUAAUGAUUUUAUUGAGAGAAUUCGUGAAAUACGCAAUCCAUCCUCUCUAGAAGUUCCCGAAGAUUUCCUAUCCGAAAUAAAACGUUUGGCUUUUGAAUCGGUGGCUGUUAUUGCUUUGGAUAAAGAUUUGGGUUUGGUACGCAAUAAGAAUGCCGUCCCUGAGGCUCAGGAACUUUUCAAUCAUUUACAACAUUUCACCAAGGCUUUCUACGAUUUGGGUAUAAAACCCUCCAUAUAUCGAUAUAUUAAAACCCCAUCCUAUCGUCGUUUUGAAAAUGCCAUGGACAGCAUAACCCAAAUAUGUAGUAAAUUUGUCGAUGAAACUUUGCAACGUAUUGAGGCUCGUGGUGGCGACCACCAAGAGGGUAGAAGUGUUUUGGAAAAGCUGAUAAAAAUUGAUCGCCGCAUUGCCAUUAUUAUGGCCAUCGAUAUGUUAAUUGCUGGGGUGGAUACAACAUCAUCCGUUAUGGCAGCUGUCCUAUUGUGUAUGGCCAAAAAUCCUGAAAAGCAAGAAAAAUUGAGGCAGGAGAUUUUAACAAAUAUUGGUCGCACGGAAAAAUUCACAAUGGAAAAUAUGAAAAAUCUGCCCUACUUGAAGGCCUGCAUAAAGGAGUCAUUGCGUACAUAUCCUUUGGUAGCUGGUAAUAUGCGAACAACGGGUCAGGAUUUGUGUUUGAGUGGUUAUCAGGUGCCCAAGGGGACAAAUGUAUUUUUAACAUCAAAUCUAUUGCUACAGGAGGAUAGAUAUUUCCCGAAUGCCGAGAAAUUUAUGCCAGAACGAUGGUUGCGAUCAAGUAAUCAGGAUGAUAUAUCGGCUAAGAAUACAAAUCCAUUUAUAUUUUUACCCUUCGGUUUUGGUCCUCGCUCUUGUGUGGGAAAGCGAAUUGUCGAUCUGCAAUUGGAAAUUACUUUGGCCAAUAUUGUAAGGAAUUUUAAAAUGGAAUAUCAAUAUUCGACGGAGAAUGCAUUUAAGAAUUAUUUUAUGAACACAUGUGUUAUACCAUUGAAAUUUAAAUUUACCGAUUUGAAAUAGG